GCGCAUGUCCAGAAGUAAAUUGACGAUAAAAAAAAUUUUUUAAAUAGUUUUCUUUUCAAAAUAGCGUGGAUAGAGAUAGAGAUAGAAAAAAAUAGUAUUUGAAUUUUUUGUUGAGAAAAUAAUUUAAAAUUUUUUAUGUAGGAUGAGUUUUUUUUAUACGGGCAAGGGUUGAGGAGAUAUUUGCGGUUAAAUAUGGAGCAAAAUCGGGUGGAAAUAAAAAAUACCAUAUUGCCAUCUUGUGUGUGUGGUGUCAUUUUCCAACAAGGCCCAAUGUAAGUGUGUGUGUAGUGACCUAGUGUGUACACACAGACCUUUGGAACCUUUGGAAUCUUACUCAAGUGGAUCCAAUUAAAAUAUAUUAUUAAAAAUAUUUGUCAAAUACAUUUUUUACACAACAAUGAAUUCACUAAGAUUAAUAGGUCUUGGUCAUGUAGCAUAUAAAAUAAAUCCAGGAAUGAGAUCAAUUGCCUCGAUAAAUUCACUGUCAGAAACUCAUCAAAUGUUACAAAAAACAGUCAGAGAUUUUGCUGAGGGUGAAUUAAAACCAAUUGCAAGUAAAAUUGAUAAAGAACAUAAAUUUCCAAAAGAUCAAAUAAAACAAAUGGGAGAAAUGGGUUUAAUGGCUGUAUCAGUACCAGAAUCACUUGGUGGUACUGGACUUGAUUAUCUUGCUUAUGCAAUUGCAACUGAAGAAAUAUCACGUGGUUGUGCAAGUGCUGGUGUUAUUAUGAGUGUCAACAAUUCUCUGUAUCUUGGUCCAAUUGAAAAAUUUGGUAAUGAAAGCCAAAAAGAAAAAUAUAUAAAACCAUUUACAAAUGGUACAAAAAUUGGAUGUUUUGCAUUGAGUGAACCUGGUAAUGGUUCUGAUGCUGGUGCAGCAUCAACAACAGCAAAAAUAAAUGAUGAUUGUAUCAAUAUAAAUGGUACAAAAUCAUGGAUAACAAAUGCCAAUGAAGCUAAUGGAAUUGUAUUAUUUGCAACAACAGAUAAAUCAAAAAAACAUAAAGGUAUAAGUGCAAUGAUUGUUGAUUCACCAAUAAAAGGAUUAGAAAUUGGUAAAAAAGAAGAUAAACUAGGAAUAAAAGGAAGUAGUACAUGUUCAUUAAUGUUUGAAGAUUGUAAAAUAUCAAAAGAUAAUAUAUUAGGUGAUUUAGGAAUGGGUUUUAAAAUAGCAAUGAUGACACUUGAUUCUGGAAGAAUUGGUAUUGCUUCACAAGCAUUAGGAAUUGCACAAGCAUCAUUAGAUUGUGCUGUUGAAUAUGGAAUAAAACGUUUAUCAUUUGGUCGUCCAAUAACAAGUUUACAAUUAAUACAACAAAAAAUUGCUGAUAUGUCAUUAAAAAUUGAAUCAGCAAGAUUAUUAACAUGGCGUGCAGCAUAUCUUAAAGAUAGCCAUAAGCCAUUUACAAAAGAAGCUGCAAUGGCUAAACUUGCUGCAUCUGAAGCAGCAACAUUUUGUAGUCAUCAAGCUAUUCAAAUACUUGGUGGAAUGGGAUAUGUUACUGAUAUGCCUGCUGAACGUCAUUAUCGUGAUGCAAGAAUAACUGAAAUAUACGAAGGAACAUCUGAAAUACAAAGAAUUGUUAUUGCUACAAAUAUCAUGAAAGAAUAUGGCUACAAAUAAUAAUUUUAAAACAAUAACAAAAAUUAUUUUUUAAUAUUUUUAAAUGCUUUAAAAAAUUCAAGAUAUAUAUCAUGUUAUGUAAAUGAAAAAAACUUUGAUGGAAAAAAUUUAAAAUAAUAUUUUUAUACAAGGAAUUAAUUUGAAGAAAAAAAUUUUUUGUUUUAUCUUAUUGUUGUUAACUGUAGAUAUAUAUUUUUAUCUUUUUUUUUUAAACCUGGUGACUCUGACAAUAUGGAUACAUUUAAAAAUAUAUUGUUAUACAUUGAUUUAUCCUAAAUUUUCUAUCAAGAUAAAAUAGUGAUUAAACAAUUUAUCACUUUAACAAACAUUAAAAUUAUAAUUAAAUUGUAUUUUAAAGUUUUUUUUAUUUACCUUAUUGAAAUAGUAUAAGCAAUCCCUGAAUACAACUUAAUACCAUUCAAAAUAUUAUUUUUAUUAUUUAUUUUUAAAUUGUAUUUUACUUGUUCUUGAUAAACUUUCAUUUUAAAUUUCAAUAAUAAAUUAUAAAAUCAAUUGUUGUCUUUUUUGUUUUAAAUUACAAUUUAAUUCCAAUUUGUGCAGAGAACAUUUUAACCAGAUUUUAAUUUUUAUGUGCACUUGAUAUUUUAAACAGCAUUUGAAUAUUUAUUUGUUAUUAAUUUUAAAUAAAUUUAUUUAAAAUAUUAUUUGUCGAAACAAUAAUUAGUUAUUGUAACAGUAAUUAGAAGUUUAUUAAGAUAGCUGUUUUUUUUUUGUUUUGUAAAUUAUUACAUACUAAAUUUAAUUUAAAUGAAAUGUUAUUGUAAAUUAUAAUGUUUCGUUUAAAUUAAUACUUAUGUAUAAUAAGCGUGCUUAUUAUUUCACAAUUAAUUCAUAAAAUAAUAAUUAUUUAUUUUUGUAAAUGCUUAAUUGUUAUAAACAACCAGAAUUAUUUAAAGUAGGCUCGGCACUCGUAUACUAUUAUAUUAUGUUGAAGAUAUAUUUAUAUUUUUAACCGGUAAAAUUCAUAAGCAAUUAAUUAACUUUUCUUUUUUAAAUGAACAAUGAGUUUAUUAUUUAUUUAAUACAACUCGUAAUUUAACAUUUAAUUGCUUUGGAUUAAUCACUGUUCUUUCAUUCUAACAAAAAAAAAAUUAAAAUAAUCAUCUUGCAUAUUUUGAUAGCUAUCAAAGGCAAGAGAUAGACAAAAAAAAAAAUAUACAGCUUUGUUUUUUCAAACAAGUGAAUGGCAACUUGAAUAAACAAAAUAUUAAAAAAAAAUAUUGACAUGAUUACUUUUUACUUUUUCACUAAUUUAUUAUUGGAAAAAGCACUUCAUUUCACUUUGAAUUACACGCUGAUAAAACACCUUUCAUUAUUUUUCAAUAUAUUUUGUUUUUUAAAUUUAUUUAUUAGAAUACUUAAAACAUUAUUUAGUUAAUAAUUCAAUUAGCUAUAUUUUCAUUAUCAUUUUUUUUUUCCUCAAAUUUAACUUAUGUUUCUUUUUCUAUUUAUAAAUGUUUUUUUUUUAUUAUUCAAAAAAUCAUUCUGCUCAAACGUUCUCUUCAUUAUAGCAUUAAUUAUUGACUCAAAACAUUCUUUCAUUU